CCGCGCUCGUCUCCGGUAGUUGCAGUUCUUUUUCUCCUUUUCGCGGAAAACCCAUCUUUGAGGUUCGAAUGAUCCAGCGAGUCACAACUCUGCCGAACCCGUCCUGAACUCCCCCCGCCGCUUCUCCUCUCGCUGCGGACCUCCUCCUCCUCCUCCUCCUCCUCGGCAUGGACGUGUUCCGGAGCCGGCUCCCGGGGAUCGCAGUGGCGGUGGCGCACGGAGUUUUCUCCGGCUCCCUCAACAUCCUGCUCAAGUUCCUCAUCAGUCACUUCCACUUCGGCUUUCUGACCCUCCUGCAGUUGCUCACCUGCAGUACCGCCGCCCUCGGCCUGGAGGCGCUCCGGAGGCUGGGCAAGGUCCAGGUCCCGGCCUUCAACCUGCAGCUGGCCAAGGAGUUCGGGCCGGUGUGUGUGCUCUCCACGCUCCAGUCCACGCUGACCCUGUGGUCCCUGCGAGGUCUGAGCCUGCCCAUGUACGUGGUCUUCAAGCGCUGCCUGCCGCUCUUCACGCUCAGUAUUGGAGUGUGUGUAUUAAAGAAUGGAGCGCCAUCUGCUGGUGUGGUGACCGCAGUGAUGAUCACCACGGCAGGAGCUGCACUGGCUGGGGCUGGAGAUCUGACUGGAGAUCCGUUCGGCUACAUCACCGGGGUCCUGGCGGUGAUCAUCCACGCCUCCUACUUGGUUCUGAUCCAGAAGACCAGCCUGGACAGCGAUCAUGGGCCGUUGACGGCUCAGUACACCAUCGCCGUCAUGGCGUCGCCCGUGCUGCUGGUGUGUUCGCUGGUCUCUCUGGACGCCGUCAACAUGUGGUCCUACGCCGGCUGGUCCGAUCCCACCAUCAGCGCCAUCUUCGUGCUCUGCGUGGUCAUCGGCGGCGCCAUGAACUUCACCACGCUGCACUGCACCUAUAUCAACUCGGCUGUCACCACCAGCUUCGUGGGCGUGGUCAAGAGCAUCGCCACCAUUACGGUGGGCAUGGUGGCCUUCAGUGACGUGUCCCCGACGCGGCUCUUCAUCGGUGGCGUGGUGGUCAACACGGUGGGCUCCGUCACCUACUGUGUGGUCAAGUACUUCGAGACCAAGAAGAAGAGCACUUACCAGGACCUGGAGGAGUCUGGGAAGGUGGACUCUCUUCCAGGAGAACCUCACCAAGAGAAGCUGGGGGCUGAGAGUCCGGCUGCCCCUGAGCCUGGUGUCGCCGUCAUGACUGACGCUGAGCUCCAGGAGAUGCAGAGAGAGCACCUGCAGCAGGACAACAGCACAGCGGGCCGGACGGCCGCCGCAGGGGGCUUCCUGAGUGUCUGGAGGUCCGUCAAACAUCUGCACUUCCUCAAGAAGGAGCCUCUGGUGGACAACAUGGAGCAGCAGAGCCCCUGAGGGGCUCGGUCCCGUGCGAGGCCCGCUGACUGGUCCUGCUCCAGAUGGAAGGCUGUGAUGAGCUCUGCUGGUCACCUGACCACACUCUGUCUUCAACGUCUCUGCUCUGCUCUGUCCAUGUGUUUCCUCGUCUGCAUGUCUUUCCUCUGUCUUGUUGGGUUUACGCAACAAACACACACGCACGCACGCACAUGUACAUGUUACACAUUCACGCACACUCUCUCCCGAACACGCUCACACACACACUUGUCGUGGCUCUAGGUCACCAGCAGGAGGUGCUGCAAGUCUGGCCUGAGUGACAGUGGGGUCAAGUUUCCAUGGUGACGCAGCAGCAACAACUUUUUACUGGCUGAAAAGAUUUUAAAUAAAA